CAGAUCCUCCGCCCCCAGGCCUGGGCUGGCUGCCCUUCGACCCUGGGAUGCUGAUUAACCAGGCAUCAGGAGCUUGAACUGAGCCUGGACUGGACGGCUGACCAGACUCAGACCACAGCCGUCAUGCAGCCGGUGCGAGUGAGGGUCUGGGUGGAGGAGAACCGUGCCUUCUUCCUGCCGCCUGUCUGCAACAAGCUCCUGCAUCAAGAACAGCUCAAGGUUAUGUUCGUGGGGGGCCCCAACACCAGGAAGGACUACCACAUCGAGGAGGGCGAGGAGGUGUUCUACCAGCUGCAGGGGGACAUGAUUCUGCGGGUGCUGGAGCGGGGGCGACAUCGGGACGUGGUCAUCCGGCAGGGAGAGGUCUUUCUGCUGCCCGCUGGGAUCCCCCACUCUCCACAGAGGUUUGCCAACACAGUGGGGCUGGUCAUCGAGCGCCGGCGGCUGCCCAGUGAGUUGGACGGGCUUCGCUUCUACGUGGAGAACACCACGGAUGUCUUGUUCGAGAAGUGGUUCUACUGCGAGGACCUGGGCACACAGCUGGCCCCCAUCAUCCAGGAGUUCUUCAGCUCUGAGCAGCACAGGACGGGGAAACCCAUUCCUGAGCAGCUGUGUGGAGAGCCACCCUUCCCCCUGAGCUCGAGAGCUCUCAUGGAGCCCAUGUCCCUGCGUGCCUGGCUGGACGGCCACCGCUCCCAGCUGCAGGCGGGCUCAGACCUCAGCCUGUUUGGAGACGGCUAUGAGACCCAGGUGACGGUCCUCGGAGAAGGCAGCAGCACAGGCUCAAGCCAGGAUGUGGACGUGUGGCUAUGGCAGCUGGAGGGCUCCUCCGUGGUGACAGUGGGGACCCAGAGUCUGGGCCUGGCUCCUGAUGACAGCCUCCUGGUGCCGGCUGGGACUCAGUACACCUGGGAGCGAGCUAAGGGUUCGAUGGCCCUGUCUGUGACCCAGGACCCUACCCACAAGAAGCCCCUGGGGUGAUCCAUCCAUGUGGUCUGAAGCAGCAGGGGGCCCCUGCCCGCCAUCGAGUGCCCCCACCCCACAGCUGCUCUGUGCCGCUGAGCUGCCAUGUCCCCACUGUUACAGUCCCCCUCCUCUCCUGGCCUGCACCCCCAGCCUGACUGCCACCCAGACUGCUGGCCAGGCACCCUUCUCCAGCUGACCCCUCUGUGUCCCUGUACCCAUGCCACCCAGAGUCACCCCAGUAAAGCCCCCCAGACUGUGUCCACACAA